GAGUGGGCUGGCGGCGACGAGAAGACAAGAUGGGGAUCUGCGAAGGAGCCUGCUUCAUGAGCGGUCGUGCUACACUACCAACUGGUUGGAUAGUUUGGUCUACGGCGACAGAGACCGUUUCAGCUGGCUUGAGCUGAGUUGGAGACACUCGAUACCCCAAAGAAGCGCAUUCUGAAGAAGCCGAUACUGCCACUAUUCUACCUUUACAUCCUUGCUGAUAUCCAUAUACAUUACAGAACCGGUAUACACAUGGGAGUUGAGGUGAUGCGUCAUCAACUCGACGUGUAUCGCGGUCUGUGUCAUACCACUCCGCAAGAUUAACAUGUUACAGGACGGUCAACAAUCUCACGCGCAAUUUGUCUCGAGUUCUCCACCUCUAAUUACUGUAUUGCUCCUGUAUUACCUGUUUCCUACACCCAGGGUAUCAAUUUCUCCAAACGCCAAAACUUCAGACGCCAGAACUUCCGAGAACGACAACGACAAUUCCACGCAGCCAGAGCUAUCCAUUCAGAAAUCGCCUUCUCCACUAGCGAGCACGCAAGACCUUACUCCAAAGAGAUUACCCCAAACGAACAAGCAGCCCCUCACGGCCUACGCCACCCACCCAAAGGCCUCCCCUCAUCCCUCGUCCGCCUCACCCUCCACCACGCCACCCUCUCGCCUCCGCUCUCAAUCUCCUCCUCACCAAAAUCCCAAUCCAAAGCCCUCUCCCUCUCCCGCCGUCUGCGCUCUCUCGCCUCAACCUCCGCCUCAAAAUCAAAUCCAGCCCCGAAAUCCGAAUCAAAGUGGACAUCCACGCCAACAUCCUCGCUCACACACCGCGCCCCGCGCCAUACAACCCGCACGCCCAGCUCAUCCGCAGACCCCGCACGGAUCCGGCGCCGCACCGUCGUCGUCGGCGGAGAAGGAGACGCGCGCCGCACCACGCGCCGCGCCGCCCCCAGCGCCGCAACCCGGCCCCGGAACUCGCGCUCCUCGUCUGCGUCCUCGUCUGCUCGCUCGUCGGCGAAGCUCACGCGCCGCCGCCGCUGCACCUGUCGCUCGCGCUCGCGCGACCGGUCCGUGUCCUCGGCGCACGAGUCGAUGCGGGUGUCGCGGGUGUGCACCGGCGACCAGAUGCCCCAGCGCUCGAGGCGGGAGGGGGUGGGGCGCGGGGCGGGCGUGUGGGUGUUGGUGCGGCGGUGGGGGUGCGGGUAGGGGUAGUCGUCGUCUGAGGAGGAGGAGGAUGAGGAGCGCGAGAGGAUUAGGCGCGGGCGUUUGAAGGAUGGGCGGCGCGGGGGCGGGGGUGGAGAAGGUGUGCGGAUGCGGAUGCGGUCGCGGCCGCGUGAGCGGGAGCGGGUCCGGGUGUGGGUGUGAUGGUAUGUGAAGGCGUCCAUUGUGGUUGGUUGUGUGCUUUGUGUAUGCUAGUAGGGUUGCUCGAUGGUGACUUAUAUAGUGGAGAGAGAGAGAAUGGGAGAGGGAGGGUGGUGUUUAUACUUUACGCUAAAGCAGCCAGCAAACACGACUUUCUAUCCUCACCGACCCGUAUGCCUCCACUGUCUCACCUGCCU